CAAAAUGGUCGAAUUAGGGUACCAAGCAACCAUACAGGGAGAGGGAGGAGAGAACUGUGGAAAUGGAAGCGGUUGCUCAAAUCGCUUGUCAGUUAAACGACACAUUCAGUACCGACUCCGAUGUCGUCCGUACGUCCACCGUUGCUCUAGAUCGCCUCUCUCUCCUCCCCUCGUUCCCUUUUGGUCUCCUUUCCAUAGCCACCGGAGGUGAAAGUAAUGGUCAAAGAGUUGCAGCGGCCACUUAUCUUAAGAACUUCACUAGGCGGAGUGUUGAAGGCAAUGGUUCAGAUUCGAAAGUUAGUAAGGAGUUUAAGAAUCAGCUCAUGCAAUCUCUGCUUCUAGCUGAUUUACAGGUUCUCAACGUUUUAGUUGAAACGUUUCGGGUCGUUGUUGUUGCCGAGUUUGUUAAGCAGGACUCUUGGCCUGAACUUGUGCCUCAACUGCGGUUUGCUAUUCAGAAUAGUAACCUCAUUCUUGAAGGUGCAAACAGUCAAUGGAAUACCAUCAAUGCCCUUACAAUUCUUCAUACUCUCCUUAGACCUUUUCAGUAUUUUUUGAAUCCCAAACUUGCAAAGGAGCCGGUCCCACCACAGCUAGAGCUAAUAGCAAAAGAAAUUCUUGUACCCAUGCUAGCAGUAUUUAACCAUAUUGUUAAAAAGGAUUUAUCUACCAAUGGCUUUACAGUAAUUGAAACAGAGAGGAUCCUUCUCAUGGUAUGCAAAUGCUUAUAUUUUGCGGUGAGAUCGCAUAUGCCAUCUGCUUUGGCUCCUAAUCUGCCUUCGUUAUGUUGUAAUUUGAUCCGGAUCUUGGAUUCUUUGAGUUGUAAUGUCGGUCCGACACUGGAAGAUGGCCAUUUGCUGAGGUUGAGGGUUGGGAAGAGGAGUUUGCUCAUUUUUUGUGCUCUAGUGACCCGACACCUGAAGUAUUCAAAUAAGUCAAUGCCAGAUAUCAUAAACUGCACUUUAAGGAUAGUCAGACAUACGACAAAUAUCCGUAAGCUUGAUUUCCUGUUUGAGAAAAUAUUAUCUUUGGGUUUCGAUGUGAUUUCUCAUGCUGUGGAGACAGGCCUUGGAUGGAGAUUAGUUUCACCUCAUUUUUCUUUCCUAUUGGAGUCUGCUAUCUUUCCAAUUUUGGUGCUAAAUGAGAAGGAUAUUUCAGAGUGGGAAGAAGAUCCAGAUGAUUAUAUGCUGAAGAAUCUUCCAUCUGAUUUUGGGGAAGUUUUAUCAUGGAGGGAAGAUUUGUUUACAGCACGAGAAAGUGCUAUAAACUUACUAGGUGUUAUUUCAAUGUCAAAGGGGCCACCUAUGAUGAUUUCAGCCAAGGGUUCUGCAAGUUUAUCCAAGCGUAAGAAAGGCGAAAAGAACAGGGAUCACUGUUAUAUGGGGGAAUUAUUGGUGUUUCCAUUCUUGUCAAAGUUCCCUCUACCUUAUGAUGCUAAUGCUUUAGAAGCUGGAAUUUUAGAUGAGCAAGUUAAUUGGCAUGCCCUUUAUAACUAUUUUGGAGUUCUGAUGGCAUAUGGUAGCCUGGAAAAUUAUAUAAGGGUGCAAAAACCUGAAUACACGACGACUUUGGUUAGGACUCGCGUGCUACCACUGUAUACCGGACCCACAUGUCUACCAUAUUUGGUUGCCUCUGCAAAUUGGGUACUUAGGAAGCUUGCACCCUGUUUACCCAAAGAUAUGACUGAAGAUAUCUAUUCCUCAUUGCUUAAGGCAUUGGCAAUGAACGAUCAGGGGGACACUUCUUGGGACCUUGUGCGGGUUUCUGCUGUUGGGGCAAUUGCAGAGCUUCUUGCAAAUGACUACCCACCUCCCAAGUGGUUGCCUCUCCUUCGAUUUGUAAUUGGUAGAAUUGAAAAUGAAAAUGAUGAGGUACUAUUUAACCUUCUCAGUUCAGUUGUGGAGGCUGGGAUUGAAAGUCUUGCAGUACAUAUUCCUUUCGCUGUUUCAUCAUUGGUGGGUGCACUCUUGAAGCAAGGACAUCCAAGUUUGGAUCAACGGCCUGGGCUCUCAGUGUUUGAAAGUGGUAUUGCCACAUUAGCAGUGAUGGUGCGAACUUGGGAGAACUACAUUCUUCAAGAGGUUGGACCUACUGAAUUGGGUGAAAAGUGCAAAUCUGCUCGAACUAUCAUCGGGAAAGCUUUGUCGGCCCUCUUGCAGCAAGCUUGGCUUGCACCCAUGCAUUCUGCGGUCGAGGAAGACGAGGUGUCUCCAUGUCUUUUAUGCUUGGUUGAUUCAUCAAAACUUCUCCAGUCGGUUCUGCUGUCUGUUACUGGAAGUGAUGUGAGUUUUGAGCUUAAAGUACCAGAGCUAUUAUUGGUUUGGGCAGAUCUGAUAGCGGACUGGCAUGAUUGGGAAGAGUCAGGAGAUUUAUCAGUCUUUGACUGCAUUAAGGAAGUUGUUAAUCUAAACUGCAAAUUUGGGCUAAAGAAUUUUAUCGUUGGACAGAUGCCUUCCCCUCCUGCUCCACCCGUGCCACGACAAUCUAUCAUCGAAGGCAUUGCUGCUUUUGUCAGUGAGGCCAUCUCACAAUGUUCCUCGGCAACAUGGAGGGUUUGCUCAAUUGUCCAUGUGUUACUGCAUGUCCCAAUUUUCUCUUUUGAAACAGACAUUGUGAAGCAAUCUCUGGUUAGUGCUUUUAGCCAGGCAGCAUUUUCACGUUUCAGAGAAGUUCGAAGCAACCCUACAUCAAUGUGGAAGCCUCUGUUGCUUGCUAUAUCAUCGUGCUAUUUAUGUCAUCCUGGUACCGUGGAGAGUGUUCUAGAGAAAGAUGAAGACUUUGAAAUCUGGGCAUCUGCACUGGCUUUUGCAUGUACAGGCUCUUUUGAACUGGCACUAUUUUGGAAGUCAGAGAUGGAGUUAGCUGUGUUAGCGCUGGCAAAGUUGGUUGACAGGUUGCUGUCCCUUGGUAAUCCAAGUGGUUUGGCAAGAGCUUGCUUUUGCUCCCUCAUGGAGACAGCGGUACUAUUAAAACAAGUGCAUGGAGGAGAAGAUACAGAAGAUGAAGAUGAAGAGACUGAUGAUGAUGAUGAUGGGGACAUUGAAGUUGAUAAUGAGGAAAGUGAAGUUGAUGACGAGGAAAUGGAAGUUGAUGAUGAGGAAAUGGAAGUUGAUGAUGAGGAUUCUGAAGAUGAAUGUGAAGAAACAGAGGAGGAGUUUCUGGAAAGGUAUGCUAAAGAAGCUGCUGCCUUGGAAAGUGGCGCAAGCGUGAAAGAGGGGGAUAUUGACGAUCAGGACCAUGAAAUUGAGUUAGGUUCCUUGAAAGAAGUGAAUCUACAGAAAACUGUUUGGUUGUUGAUUGAGAGAUACCAUAUUUGCUUGCAACAACAGGGAUUGCCAGUGCAACUUGUUUUGAAAUUCCUGGGAGUUUUUCCUGAAUGUAGGUUGUUCUUUCCUGCUAUCUAAGGAAGCCAUUCUUCAGGUAUUUGGUUUAUGUUGGCAACGGCAGUUUUAUUUUGCAUUUAGUUGCAGCAUAUUUCAAAUUAGCCGCCCAUUCCUGAGCUGUUUUGGUGGUGGAGAAGUAGUAGACCUUAAUGUUAGGCAAGAAAAGCUUUCUAUUUGGCCAUCUGAACAUCCAUUUCCUUGAUUCCAUUUAGCAUAAUACGUAUUAAGCAGACAACUAAUGUUA